AUGCCUUGUAGUUGGCUAAUGGUCUCGUUGAACCAAGGCAUUUCAGAAGAGCUGGAGUGGCUGCUGUUUCUGGGCAGUCAGCGCCUGCGACGCGGUACAGACGCCAAAAUAAUCCGAGACCUUGUGCAGUUGCCUAAACGAGGUCGGACGAAACUUGCGAUUGAGAUCGAUGGUCUUGGUACCUUCGCUUGCUGCAAUCGGACUAGAGGUCGUUUUGACUCGAUUGUGAAGGUUUAUCACGUACAUCCAACCGUACUGCAUACAGUUACCGACACCUGCCUGAAAUCAGAAUCGUUUGAGGUUUACGAACUUGUAACUGGCCUAUACAAUGACUUGCGGUGGCUAGCUGAUGUGCCAAGUCAGUGCUUUUAUCCUCCCAGACAAGUCUGA